UGAGCUCCAGUCAGUUAGUUAGGAAUACACAUCUCCAUAGGACUUUACGCCUCUAGGCUUUUUAAUGACUAACAUGGAGGAGCAACGGUAUCCGGUUAAUGUCCGACUGAUUGGAGUAAUGCACAAGGAGAAAAGCAAAAUGUACAUGACAUCGGUGCUUUGGUCAGAUCAGAAUGACAUCAUUGUUUACAGAACCUUCAAGGACUUCAAGACACUUAAUGAACAAAUGAAGAAAAAAUUCCCACCUGCGAACCCACUUAAAAAAUCGGACAGAAUUAUUCCUAGAUUUCGAGACUGGAGGAUGAAGAUAAACACAAAGAAUAAUGGUCCAAGCAAGUCCGUGGUCCAGCUCAAGUUUUUGGAGAAAUACUGCCGCGAGCUCCUCAGCUGUGACCCGCGCGUCUCACAAUGUCCUGAACUCAUCCGGUACUUCCACCCCAAGGACCAAGAUCUACAGCCAGAGUUUGCCAAGAAUAGUAUCAUGAUCAUGCCUUCAGAGGAUUCCGCUGGACAUGACAAGAGUGUCAACAUUGGAAACGUUACCCAGCCGUUCGUAACAGAGGCAUACCGGUGCAUGGCACCCUAUGAGACCAAAGACACCAAGAACCGGCCGUUCAAAGUGGCCGUGGACGAAAACUUGGACGUGCUCAUCAAAGACAAAGCAGGCUGGUGGCUGGUGGAGAAUGAGGACAAGCGUAUGGCCUGGUUCCCUGCUCCAUACCUGGAGAAGGUAGAGGGGAAUGAGGAUGACGAUAGUGACGAGUCCUAUGGAGAAAGUGUGCUGUACAGUGCUGUCAGAAGCUACAAAGCCACAAAUAGAGACGAGGUGUCUAUGGACAUUGGCUCAGUGGUGGAAGUCCUGCAGAAGUCUGACAAUGGCUGGUGGCUGAUCAGAUACAACGGCAAGAGCGGCUUCGUACCUGCCAUGUACCUGCAGCCCUACAACAACCCCCGUGUCCGCCUGGCGGCUCUCAACCUGGUCCACAGCUCCAGCUCUGACCACACGCUGGCCGGACACUCCCACGAGCGCAGCCAUUCCCAAGGCAACAUCCUGCAGCUGCCCGGCUCCCAACCUUCCACACCAAAUCAGCUCAAGCCUACCGACAAGCUCAAGUCUCAUUCUUUUAAUGUUCUAACUGUGCCUCAGCCUAGCCCUUCACCUGUGAUGGUCACCACCCCCACCCCGACAUACCCUAGCAAGGGCACUCCAACGCCUACUAUUAUGGUGGAGGUGGACGGGGAGGUGGAUAGACGCAAGCGCAGCCUCGCCGGCAGCAUGGGAAGCGAGGGCAGCAUGGGAAGCGAGGGCAGUGACUUCAGCUUCAGUGACGACCUCAGUUCGUCAUCCUGCAGCUCGUCACUCAACCUGAGCCGUGCCGACAUGGACGAGCGUCUCCGGCGCGCCCGCACACCGCCGCCCAUGGUGGCCGACCGUCUCAACCCCGACAGCGGCGUGUUGGAGGGGAGGAUGGUCCACGGAAGAUCUGACCCAAACCUGUUCAAGAUGGCCCCAACCACCCCCAAGGUGCCCCCCAGGCCCAGGGCGCAGGAGAUCCUGACACGCUGCACUACAGUCACGCGCAAGAACGCCUCCAAAGCCAAGCUGUCGCCAGCGCCUGCUGUGAUACUGAGCCGCUAAAUAGGAGCAGUGUUGACCCAAAAUGGUGGUGGGUCCAGACCCACUGGUGAGUCAUGGGUAGCCAGUUCCUCCUUAGCCUUUUAAAACAGAGGGUGCAGACUGGGUUGUGGCCAGGACAUGUGGUGUCUUGAUGGGUUCCAGGAAGAAUCCAAAGGUUUUAGCACAGAAAGUCACUGUACUAGAAGCCGGACUGUGGGACUUAUCCGUUAUGAACUUACCUGAACAUGAUUACACUGUGUUUUAAAGUGUUUAACUGCCUUGGGGCUGGUCAUGUAACCAUGAGUUGUGAUAUGGGAGGAAGAAUCAUACAUUACUGUAAUACUCUGAGUCACAUAUUGAGUCUUUAUUUUUUUAAUGUGGAAGUUUACUUCUUGCUCUGUUCGUCAGGCCUACUUCCAUGCACCUGGAGCUGGAUACUGAUAACUGCAUUGUAAACAUUAUUUUAAUGCUGUCUAUUAAUUCAGGAUUUAUUUUGUGGAUGAACAAAUAUUACAGUUAGGGGUUUACUGUCAUUUGUCUACAUUCCUGUUUUAAUGAAUAAUUUCUCUUCACUUAAUGUGAAGUCAGGUCAUAUACUGGUAUAAUUAAAAUAUACUUUUGUGAAUAAACAUUCAGUAGCAAUUUACAUUUUCUGUGAUUGUCAUGAAUUAGUGUCUUCUAUUAAAUCCAAAAAUGUGUUUUCAUAGUUUCCACUGUAUAGCCUUUUAAUCUAUGGAUCUCUAUUUUUCCAUACUGGAAAACUGUUAUUAGCAACUAUGGUUGAUUCCAUAUCAUAUUGUACUGCAAACUGCAACAAAUUGUAAUACCUUAUUAUACUAAAAUAACUAUAGAUAA